UUUUCUUUUUUUUCUUUUUUUUCUUUUUUUGAGGAGAUAAGUAACCUGACAAAGGUUAUUGGAAUGGACUUUAUCUCCCAAUAGUUGGGAGUUUUUAUAAAAAACCACAUCUUGUGUUUGAAUUGUGGCUGAGAGAUUUCCUUGGAAGUGUGAGGAGGAAAAUUCUUUUUGUCUCAUUAUUAUUAAUUCAUGGAUUGAGUGUUGAUUCGACCUACAGGCGUAAUAGAUUGGAACUCAUUGAAGACACAGACCUUCCUAUUCAGAGCUUCCAUCUAAUGAUUACAUUUUAAAGACGAUUUCUGUGAUUGAGUUGACUUUUGGAAGAUUAAACCCAUUUCAAGAGGGCCUUGCCUUGAGGAAACAGUGGCUUAUUCUUAAGAAGCCACUUGUAAUCAAAGGAUCGGCCCAGCAUGCCUAAUCAAGGAGAAGACUGCUAUUUUUUUUUCUAUUCCACGUGUACCAAAGGUGACAGCUGUCCUUUCCGUCACUGUGAAGCUGCACUAGGAAAUGAAACAGUUUGCACAUUAUGGCAGGAAGGCCGCUGUUUUCGACAGGUGUGCAGGUUUCGGCACAUGGAAAUUGAUAAAAAACGCAGUGAAAUUCCAUGUUACUGGGAAAACCAUCCAAUGGGAUGUCAAAAACUAAAUUGCGCUUUCCAUCACAACAGAGGGCGCUAUGUUGAUGGACUGUUUCUACCUCCAAGCAAAACUGUGUUGCCCUCUAUGAAUGAGUCAGCAGAGGAGGAAGUGAAGACAAGCCAACUCCCAGUUCAGCAGAACAAACUGUCUGUCCAGUCUAAUCCCUCCCCUCAGCUGCGAAGUGUUAUGAAAGUGGAAAGUUCCGAAAAUGUCCCGAGCCCAACACAUCCUCCAGUUGUGAUCAAUGCUGCAGAUGAUGAUGAAGAUGAUGAUGAUCAGUUUUCGGAGGAAGGUGAUGAAGCCAAAGCACCUCUCUUACAACCAACUCCAGAAACUCAUAAUGGAUUACGUGUGGCUUCUGUCCGGAAUCCUGGAAUCAAUUUAAAGCAAGGUGAAUGUUUGAAUUUUGGAAUAAAAACUCUUGAAGAAAUUAAGUCCAAGAAAAUGAAAGAAAAAUUUAAGAAGCCAGGUGGCGAAGGUUCUUCAGGAGGAUCCAGUCUUCUACAACCUCAGCCCAUCCCAGGUCCUGAAAAAGAGAAUGUUCGGACUGUGGUGAGGACAGUAACACUGUCCCACAAACAAGGUGGUGACUGUGCUCCCUUGAAACGCAGCCUGGCCCAGAGGCUAGGGAAGAGAAUUGAAACUUCAGAAACAAACACUGACAAAAUACCAAAGAGAGUUCAAGUCUCCAAAUCUUUAAAGGAGCGACUAGACUUGUCAGUUUGUCCAGACAGUGAAGCAGCAGCAAGAGCUACUAAGAUUACUGAAAUCCAUGUGAAGACAUUAGAAGAAAUACUUCUUGAAAGGGCCAUUCAAAAGCGUGGAGAAUUGCAAACUAAACUCAAAACAGAAGGACCUUCAAAAGCCGAUGAAUCGGCUUCAGGAACAAGAAGUUCCUCCACUGUCCGCAUCAAAACCUUCUCUGAGGUUCUGGCUGAAAAGAAACAUCGGCAACAGGAGGCAGAUAGACUAAAAAGCAAAAAGGAUGUGACAUUAUCUAAGGUCAACAAAGGACAAUUAGAGGAGUUUUCAGGCAGGACCAAGUCUAUAGAGGAGGUACAUAUCAAGACUUUGGAGGAAAUUAAACUGGAGAAGGCACUAAGGAUCCAACAGGGUUCUGAAAGCUGCACCACCUCCCCAUCUCAGCCUGAGGCUGCUCAUGGGACAAGGAGGCUUCUCCGAGUCACAAAAAAACCAGGUGUAAAAGAAGAAAGGAAACUGCAGGAAGAAAACGAAGUUGCUUCUCAGAACGCUAUACCUAGAACAGAGGCUAAAGAGACUUCAGAUGAUACCACAGAGAUUGGUAUUGCUAAAAUUCAAGUCAAGAGAUGUGAGACCACAGAAGAUAAACAUAUGCUAAACCAGCCAGAGAAGGGAGUAUCACAGGAGGAAAUGGAGGUUCUGACUCCCCUUCAGGGAGACAUAGGCUCUUGCAAUACCCAAGUAGCUGAGGACCCUGUUGUCCCUCCUGUGGCGGGCUCUUCGAGGCACCUGCCAAAGCGACCAGCCAUGAAAUCCCAGAAGAUGGAGGUAGAAACCUCACAGACUGGGGACUCCAUAUUGAAUGUAAAGAUUACAGGACAGGCCUUGGAAAAAAAGGGUAAAGCUAAACCCAAAGUGAAUGUGAAACCAUCUGUGGUCAAGGUUGUUUCCAAAGUGGCUCCCAAACGAAAGGCAUCAGAGAUCCACCCUGCUGCUAUCGCGGCUGUGAAGCCACUUAGCUCUAGUUGCACCACGGAAGAGAUUCCAGCCAAAAAAGCAGCUUUGGCUGUUGUCCCAAUUCUUUCUGAGGAUAAACCAGUCAUUGUGCACGAGACUGAAACUUCCAGAGACAGUCCUGCUGUACUGCCGCCAACCCAGUCCUCUUCGGUUCCUUCCCCACCGGAGGAAGAAUCUGGCCCUUCCUCUUCCCAAAUGGCCACCAAAACUCGCCGACUCAGCUCCACCUCAGUAGGAAAGCCUCCACUCUCCGUAGAAGAUGAUUUUGAGAAAUUAAUAUGGGAGAUUUCAGGAGGCAAAUUAGAAGCAGAGAUCGACUUAGAUCCUGGGAAGGAUGAAGAUGACCUUCUACUUGAGCUAUCAGAAAUGAUUGAUAGCUGAA